GAGAGCUAAGCAGUGUAUGCUGUACAUUUGCUCAAAGUAGUGCUAAGUUGAAUGAAAUAGUAUGUUUUACUACUGAUGGAUUUCUGGUGGAUUUCUUGAGGCGAUUUGAUAUAUACGAAGAUUUUGAAUCAAAAGCAAUAUACAAACUUGAUUAUUUUGACAACUUUAUAUAUGAUUGGAGGAGUAACAGGACCAAUAUGAUCAGCGUUAUACUAUUGGUAACAGCAGUUGUUUCUUAUCUUGUGUAUAAACGAUUGCGUGAUCCUCUUAAUUCCAUCCCUGGUCCAUGGCCUCUACCUUUCCUUGGCAAUGCACUCAUGAUAGACAGAACUGGACCCCACCAUACGAUCCUGGCCAUAGCCAGAAAAUACGGAGACAUUUGCAAAGUGAAGAUAUUGGAUAAAACAUUGGUUGUUUUAAGUAGUAAGGAAUUUAUACACGAAGCUCUGGUCACAAAGUCAGUAGACUUCGCAGGGCGUCCGACAAGUUUCAGGAUACGUAUGGUAUUUGAAGGAAAGGAUAUCGGACUUCAGGAUUUUGGGGCUCCGUAUGUUCAGUUAAAGAAGACCGCUCAUAAAGGGUUAAAACAAUAUGGUGAUGGACUGGGUUCGAUCGUUGAACUCUCUUUGAAAGAAAUCAACUACUGUAAAGACGUUUUCAGAUCAUUUAAGGGCGAGCCUUUCGACCCCAACGACAUGAUAUACAGAAGCAUACUGAAUAUUAUUCUUAUUAUGCUACUUGGUGAACGAUUUGAGCGUGGAGACCCCUGGUUUGAAUCAGUUGUGAAGAUGGACACCAAUAUUGGCGAAUUAUUGAGUGGUUCCAAUGGAGUAGAACUUGAUCAGUUCCCCUGGUUGCGUUUCCUUGGUAACAAGAAUUACAAAAGGCUCUUAAAAUUUCUCGAAUCGAGAGAUGAUUUUUUUAGUCAUUGGAUAAACAAACACCGGAAUACAUUGAAUGCCAACGAAGCAAGGGAUUUCAUGGAUAGCUUGUUGAUAGGCCAGCAAGCCACAGCAAACUCUGAAAAUCCAAUCACAGACGACAAUAUCAAGAAUUCGUGUACAAACAUAUUAAUGGCAGGAAUACGGACAACGUAUGCAACAAUGAUGGCAUUUCUAUUUGCUAUGGUCUCACACGAGGAAGUACAAGCGAAAUUACAAGAGGAGAUAGACAGAGUUGUUGGUGAUCGCCAAGUGGCCUUAGAAGAUAAAGACAAUAUGCCAUAUAUGCAGGCUACGCUGAGAGAGGUUCUAAGAUACGCUACUGUUGACCCAUUAGGGGUUCCACAUAGAACGACCAAAGAAACUACUAUCGGUGGACAUAUUCUACCAAAGGGAACAAACGUUUGGACUAAUCUAUGGGCAAUGCACCAUGACGAGCGAUAUUUUGAUGAUCCGUGGCACUUUAAACCUGAACGAUUCCUUGAUUGUAAUGGGAAAUAUACAGCCAUGGAUGACAGAAUGAAGCCAUUUGGUGCUGGGAGGAGGGCUUGUCUCGGUCAGGUCCUUGCAAAGACAAGAUUGUUUCUGUUCAUCACUACACUGUUACAACAUUUUAAAUUCCACCCUCCGUCUUCAGGGAUACCCAUCCCAGAUGCGAGGCAGUUUCCUAUGUCAGGACCAACGCUAAGGCCACCACCGUUUAAUUUGAUAGCUGUUGAUAGGAGGUGAUGGGAAUUCAAGACACGAAGUGGGAAGUGCACACUAACCAGACAAUGUUAAUCCAAUGGGCCAUCGUACGAAUUUGAACUUAUAUAUUUCUCGAUCCAAGAUUUCAGAAAAUCAACCAUGUACGUAUAUACCAUGUUAAAGAACAAUAUGUCCACAACCAGUGAUAAAAACAUCAAUGUAGCAAUGGCAGCGCGCAAACUUUGGGUAGACGUUGUCAUACCGGAUGUCCAACAAACGUCUCUGGAACACAAAGGUAUUCGAAUGAUCUUUGAUUGGACAUCAUGGUGCAAUCGUAUUCUUACUAAGUGGCUCAACAAUGAAUAAAAGAGGUUAAAGGCCCCGUUCAGGGACAAUUCUUCAAGUUAAACAAACAAAAUAGGCGACAUCAAUAAUAACUUUGACAUUUUAUAAGGACGAGUGAUAACUGGUGUAUUGUUGAAAGAUGGCAUACUAACCUGUGACGCCAUUUUUGUUUUAAAAGUCCUAGAUACCUUGCUUAUGAUCUUAUAUUCUGGCGAUAAAAGUGAAUUCCACACUCUUGAUUAUGGCCAUUAUGGGAAUAAACGCAACAUCAUUUCUGCUAAAAUGAUUUACAGUUUU